AUCUUUUGGAGGAAUCUGAUUGGUUGACAAGAACCUCCCAAAAUCUGCACCACAACUUCACAUUCCAGCUUUCUUAACCACACAUCUUGCUUCUUCUCUUACAGCCAGCUUUCUUCCAUCUACAACCCAUUUGUAGACCGCAAUUCUCACCUCCCAAGAGCCACUCUGCAGGGCCAAAAAAGUACAAACAGAGCUUCUUCAAAGAACAUGGCAUCAAUGCUAAUGGCAGCUACCGCAAGCUCCAGCACUAUGCUUAGCCCAUCCCCGUUUCUGGGCCAAAGCAGGGGAGCAAGUGCUAACUCCCUCCGGGAUGUUGUCUCCAUGGCCACCGGAAAAUUCUCCAUGGGUAAUGAAUUGUGGUAUGGACCAGACCGAGUGAAGUACUUGGGACCCUUUUCUGCUCAGACUCCUUCCUACCUCACUGGAGAAUUCCCCGGAGACUAUGGAUGGGACACCGCCGGAUUAUCCGCUGAUCCUGAAGCCUUUGCCAGGAACAGGGCUCUUGAGGUGAUCCAUGGGAGAUGGGCUAUGCUUGGAGCACUGGGAUGCAUCACUCCAGAAGUGCUUGAGAAAUGGUUUAAAGUGGACUUCAAGGAACCAGUUUGGUUCAAGGCAGGAGCCCAAAUCUUCUCUGAGGGGGGAUUGGACUACUUGGGCAACCCCAAUCUGGUUCAUGCCCAGAGCAUCUUGGCUGUCCUUGGCUUCCAAGUCGUUCUCAUGGGCCUUGUGGAGGGAUUCCGAAUCAAUGGCCUUCCCGGGGUCGGAGAGGGCAACAACCUCUACCCUGGUGGCCAAUACUUUGACCCACUGGGGCUUGCCGAUGACCCUGUCACCUUUGCCGAGCUCAAGGUGAAGGAGAUCAAGAAUGGGCGGCUGGCCAUGUUCUCCAUGUUUGGGUUCUUUGUGCAGGCCAUUGUCACCGGAAAGGGGCCGCUGGAGAACCUCUUGGACCACCUUGACAACCCUGUUGCCAACAAUGCUUGGGUCUAUGCCACCAAGUUUGUGCCUGGUUCAUAAAUUGGUCCUCACAUGUGUCUAUCUUGUUUUGUGUGAAUUCAUUGGAAUGGCAGUUGUGCACAUUAUUAUCAUAGGUGUUUGUUGGAUUGAGACUCGUGUAAAAAAAAAAAAAAAAAAAACCAUCUGCAUUUGCUAGUCCUGCAUAAUUUUCCAUUCAAUGGCGGAUCUAGUCAUGUUUUUCAGAUGAGAAA